AUUCUUUCUAUCCAGUAGUGCACGAUCAAUGAUACAAAGCAGAUAUCAUAGGAGCCACGUCGAGCGAAGAUUACAAUUAUAAGAGGACAAUGGAGAUUGCUGAAGAAGAAAGUUGUUCAUCGUAUCCACCUUGUGCUCUUAACAAUAAAACAUCAAGGUCUCGUGAAUGGAUAUGGCAUUACUUUACAAUAUAUAACGGCGAAUUUACCAAAUGCGAUAUUUGUUUUAGUUUAUUCAACCACGAUUUAAAACUAAGUUUAAAGGCACAUAUGAGAACAAAACAUUUUGCAAUUUAUAAUAACUCAGAAACAAAAUGGACACAUUCUAAAAUAGAUCACAAAUUCAAAUGCAAUUAUUGUGAUAAUACUUAUGAACCAGUAUAUAGAACUGAUAAUAUGAUAUACCACAUAAACAACAUUCAUAAACUUAAUAAAGAAAUAACAAAUAAACUCCAAACCUGGGUGAUUGGCCAAUUAAUUAUUCCGAGAUGCGAAAUUUGCAAACGAUUUAGUAAAUACCAUGCCUUUAUAUUUAUGAUACAUUUAUACGAAGUUCAUCAUGUCAUUGUACCUCAAGAAUUCAUACCACAGAAAUUAUCAUUUAGAUUAAACAAUCUUUUUGAUCCAUGUAAAAAUGUUGAAAACAUUCCAACAUCAACCAGCAAUAAUCAUCAGCAGCCAUCUAUACUUAGAACUUACUUUAAGAAUUAUGAUCCGAAUUUUAAUUCUUCCGAUUCAUUUCAAGAAGAGUGUCCUUCAAUGCCUUCAUCUAAUGAGUAA